CUGCUCCGUGAAUUUGGUCAAAAAAGAGUGAUUUAAGACUGUGAUUUGCAAAAAAUUCUUUUCCAGGUUGUUUUUGGAGGUAAAGACUGUAAGAAGAUAUCUUUUGUAUGAGAAAAUUCACCAAAUCUGGACCAAAAUGGCAUCGAGUUUGAAAACAAAGGCCUCUCUAAAGGGGAGUACAGGUGACCUAGAAAAGACUGAAAAGUGUUCAGGCGAACAAGGUAACGUUAACAAAGGGGUAUCUAUAGAGGCUUUAAAGAAUUUGCAAGAAAGUGUAGAAGGGAUCUCAUCUAAUCUAAAAUAUGUAGCUGAACAGUCUGAAAGUAAUUGUGAUGAAAUGUAUUUCAUUCGAUCUGAAAAUGCUCAGUUACGUAGAGAAGUGGAUUUGCUACUUGCCAUGCUUAUAAAAAUGGACAGAAAAAUCAAUCACAUGGAGUCAGAAAUUACUGAUUUAUGCUCCAGAUCAAUGCGGGAUAACAUCCUUAUACACAAUUUUGCAUACAUCCAGGGUGAAAACCUAAAUAAACGUGUUCCUGAAGUUCUAUUGGAAACUCUUGGUGUGGAGGUCGACUUUGUACGUAUACACAGAAACAGUGUUAGGGGGGUCGUCAACUCGAGACCUGUUUCCAUAACAGGAAAACUGAGGGAUCGUACUAAAAAAGAUGAAUUGCUCCGGGCCCAGAAGGCUAAAAAAAGUGAAAAUGUAAACCUUCCAUUUUUUAUAACAGCCCAAGAACCGGCUUCUGUAUUAGAAGAACGUAAACGUUUGUAUGCAAUCUCAGACUCAAUGCGAAAGCAAAACAUUAAAACAAAGAUUGAGAAGGGGGGUGUUGUAAUGCCCGACGGUAAAAGGUAUCAGGAUCCAAUUCCUAAACUUGAAGCUGCUGAUGCCCUUCAGCUCCCCGUGGAUGAGAUACAAAGUCUUGAUGACUUUAAAGUAGAGUGCACGGAACCAACCAAGAUUAGAGGUUCAGAAAUAUUCGCCACAGGACAGAGAGUAUGCUCCGUGACAGAAGUCGAGAAACUCUAUAAAAAAGUUUGUAUUGACGCAUAUUCUGCAGCAGCUGAUCACCGCAUCCUGGUUUAUAGGUUUAUGGAAACCAGUGGAAAACUAUGUGAGGGAUACUUGGAUGAUGGUGAGCACGGUGUAGGACGCCGCCUACUUCAAUAUAUGCAGACAAACGAAAUACUCAAUGCCGGUGCUGUGAUAACGCGUUGGAGCGGUCCAAUUCGCCUUGGACAAGAGCGUUUCAAGAUUAUGGAGGAUCAUCUGUGUGACUUGGCAAAUCUGCUACAAGGGUAAUGUUAAAGCAGCUUUAAUAGUUAAGACAAAAGUGUUGUAUUAACCAAGGGGGAAAAAAAGAACACUGAUGUAAACUUUAUUUAACCUUUGAGCUAUCCGGAAAUUUUAAAUUUACAGUAAAAAUUGUCUUGCUUUCCGGAAAGUUGGAAUGUAUUAUAUUACGGUUCUUCGAUUUAUUUCGCAUAUGUUAAUAUCCGGUGACAUAACUUUUGUUUAUAUCAUGUAAAAAUGUACGUUUAUUUUGCUUUGUCUAAAAAAUUUCUCACUCUUCUUUGACCAAAUCUAACAAUAAU